CCCAUCACUCGCCCACGCACCUCUCUUUCUUUCCUUCUUCCUCGAGUGAGAGCGUACGCAUACGCGCGCAUACACAUAUAUAUAUAUAUAUACACACACACGCACACAAUCAUAGAUAGACACGACGCAGAAGCAUUAAAGAGAGGAAUUCAAGUUCUAUUUCGAUCCCCCUUUUGAAGAUCUAAGGACAAAAUGGAUUCAGAGAGAGUUUGGGCUUUUCAGAUUCUGAGUUUGAUGGUGUUCUUGGUGCUGUUUCAGCUUUGUAAUGCCCAGAUCUUGUCUCCUGCUCCCUCCCCUUCUAGUGAUGGAACGACCAUUGACCAAGGGAUUGCUUAUUUUCUUCUCCUAAUGGCCUUAGCUGUUACAUAUCUCUUCCAUUAGAAAGUCACCAUCAUUCUUAUAAUUUCACAUGUAAUUUUAUUCAUUCAUGUUCUUGCAACAUAUAUUCCAUGUGUUGUGCGUGAUUAAUGACACCAUGAUGAGGUAAUAAUCAAUAAAAUUAGUGGGGUUUAAAUCUAAACAUGGGACCACACAAACAUAUAUAUAUGUAUAUAUGGGACCCAAUACAUACAUACGUACGUAUAUAUACACGCAUAUAUAAGAUCCAAUGCAUAAGCAUCACAAAAUUUACGAAACUCAAGGUUGAAACUCCUCGUCACUCAUUUUACCAGCCACUAAAUUCUACAAACCUAAAUUUAGAUCACUUCUGCUAUAACAAAGGCAAAGCCGCACAUAAAUAAAUAAAAAAAAAACUUUAUAUUCCCAAAAAUACCCCUUACUGCCUCUCCGCUUCACAACACAAGCGAGAGCCAAAUCUGUAAAUUCACACAACCGUUCCCACAGUUCCAAGCUGAUGAUUUCCAAAUCUCCAACGCUUGACCGGCAAAACAGACUCUGAACCCUCCUUUUACGUGCGGCCCAAGCAAUGGAUAAAGCCGCCGUGAAAUCGCGGCGAAAGGAGCUAGGCAUCUCGUGUAUGCUAAACACCGAGGUCGGGGCCGUCCUCGCAGUCAUUCGCCGUCCGCUUAUGGAUAAUUACCUCUCCCCGCAAGACUGUGAUUAUUCCGAUUCGUCGGUACAACAGUCGUUGAAAUCUCUCAGAGCGUUGAUCUUCAAUCCACAACAGGAAUGGCGAACGAUCGAUCCCUCGAUCUACCUCUCGCCAUUCCUAGAAGUCGUCCAGAGCGACGAGAUUCCGGCCAGCGCCACUGCCGUCGCCCUCUCCUCGAUCCUCAAGAUCCUAAAGAUCGAGAUCUUCGACGAGAAGACUCCUGGCGCGAAGGACGCCAUGAAUUCCAUCGUUUCCGGGAUCACGAGCUGCCGUCUCGAGAAAACUGAUCCCGUUUCCGAGGAUGCCGUCAUGAUGAGGAUUCUCCAAGUUUUGGUCGGAAUCAUGAAACAUCCCGCCUCGAAUCUAUUAGAAGAUCAAGCGGUCUGCACAAUCGUCAAUACAUGUUUCCAAGUGGUGCAACAAUCCGCGAGGAGAGGCGAUUUGCUGCAGCGAAACGGCCGAUACACGAUGCACGAACUGAUUCAGAUAAUUUUCGCGAGAUUACCCGAUUUCGAAGUCAGAGGAGACGAAGGGGAAGACUCGGAAUCCGACACCGAUGAAAUUGACGUGAGUGGAGGAUACGGAAUCCGUUGUUGCAUCGACAUAUUUCACUUCCUCUGCUCGCUAUUGAACGUUGUCGAGGUGGUCGAGAGCGCAGAAGGGACGACUGUACAUACUGCGGACGAAGAUGUUCAGAUAUUCGCUUUGGUUUUGAUCAAUUCCGCGAUUGAAUUGUGCGGAGACGCGAUCGGGCAACACCCGAAGCUUCUGAGGAUGAUUCAAGAUGAUCUGUUUCACCAUCUGAUCCAUUACGGAUCUUCCUCGAGCCCUCUCGUCCUCUCCAUGAUCUGCAGCUGCAUACUCAACAUCUAUCACUUUCUCCGAAAGUUUGUGAGGCUACAGCUCGAAGCAUUCUUCGCAUUCGUGUUGUUGAGAGUGACUUCGAUGUCUGGUUAUAUUCAGCUACAAGAAGUUGCUCUUGAAGGCAUAAUCAAUUUCUGUCGUCAGCCUUCGUUCAUCGUCGAAUCUUACGUUAACUACGACUGCGAUCCGAUUUGCCGAAGUCUCUUCGAAGAGAUCGGGAAAGUGCUUUGCAGACACACAUUCCCGACUUCAGGCCCUUUAACCUCUCUUCAGAUCCAAGCCUUUGAAGGCCUCGUGAUCGUUAUUCACAAUAUCGCCGAUAAUAUCGACAAAGAAUACGAUGAUGGAGAGGGCGACUGUGAUAAUGACUCGAGUUCUUUGAAGCCACGACCCGUCGAGAUCAAAGAGUAUACACCCUUUUGGAUUGAGAAGGCGAAUGAUGAUUUCGACGCUUGGAUUGAUCAUAUAAGGGUGAGGAAAGCGCAGAAGCGGAAGUUACUGAUCGCGUCGAACCAUUUCAACCGAGAUGAGAAAAAGGGUUUAGAGUACUUGAAGUUUAACAACUUGGUGUCCGAUCCUCCCGAUCCAAAGGCAUUUGCUUCAUUUUUCCGAUUCACUCCUGGUUUGGACAAGACGAUAAUCGGAGAUUAUCUCGGAGAUCCUGAUGAUUUUCACGUCAAGGUUCUGAAAGAUUUCACGCAAACGUUCGAAUUCACGGGUAUGAGUCUUGAUACGGCGUUAAGGACUUUUCUCGAAACGUUCAGGUUACCGGGAGAGUCACAGAAGAUCGAACGUAUCAUCGAGGCUUUCUCGGAGCGAUUCUUCCAGCAACAAUCUUCUGAGAUUUUUGCAAGCAAAGAUACAGUUCAUAUCUUAUGCUACUCGCUUAUCAUGCUCAAUACAGAUCAGCAUAACCCGCAGGUGAAGAAGAAAAUGACAGAAGAUGAGUUUAUACGCAACAAUCGCGCGAUAAACGCGGGGAAAGAUCUUCCGAGGGAAUAUCUCUCUGAACUUUUCCAAUCUAUUUCGUCAAAUGCGAUUGUUCUCUCGAGCAGUUCCUUUUCCGUGGAAAUGAAUCCGAACAAGUGGAUCGAGCUGAUAAACCGAACGAAAAUGUUGCAGCCCUUUAGCCUCUGUGAGUUUGAUCGGCGGAUAGGAAGAGAUAUGUUUGCGAGUAUCGCGGGUCCGUCGAUUGCAGCACUCUCUUCCUUCUUUGAGCAUGCGGAUGACGACGAGAUGCUUCACGAAUGCGUCGACGCAUUGAUAUCUAUUGCUAGAGUCGCUCAGUAUGGCUUAGAGGACAUCCUCGACGAGCUUGUCGCUUCGUUCUGCAAAUUCACGACGCUUUUGAACCCUUACUCGACGCCGGAAGAGACGUUGUUCACGUUUAGCCACGACAUGAAGCCUAGAAUCGCCACUCUCGCGGUUUUCACGCUCGCAAACAGUUUCGGGGACUCGAUUCGGGGAGGGUGGAGGAACAUUGUGGAUUGUCUCUUGAAGCUCAAGAAGCUUAGGCUUCUUCCUCAGUCAGUCGUAGAGUUUGAUACAUCUGGAGAAAAUGUCUCGGGUAACGGUAUCGGGUCGGAAUCCGACGGGAAUCCGUCUAGUCGAGACACUAAACUCAAUCGGAGACAGAAUGCUUGUUUAAUUGGAAGAUUUUCACACUUCUUGUCAGUAGAUAGCAUGGAAGAUUCAGUUGCACUUGGAAUGAGUGAGUUUGAGCAAAACCUUAAAGUCAUCAAACAAUGUCGGAUCGGUCAGAUAUUCAGCAACAGCUCGAAUUUGCCCGACACAGCGAUCCUGAAUCUCGGCCGCUCCUUAAUAUUCGCGGCGGCGGGGAGAGGACAACGGUUUAGUACCCCGACGGAGGAAGAAGAGACGGUUAUGUUCUGUUGGGAUCUCAUCAUCGCCGUCGCCUUAGCCAACGUACACCGCUUCAACAUGUUUUGGCCGUCUUACCACGAUUACUUACUCACCGUGGCCAAUUUUCCGCUUUUUUCGCCCGUCCCUUUUGUCGAAAAGGGAAUCCCGGGGAUUCUCACGGUUUGCACCAAGAUUAUCGCCUCUCAAUUCGAGGAUCGCUUACCCGAGGAGCUUAUCUUCCGGUCUAUAACGUUGAUGUGGAAGAUGGAGAAAGAGAUCAUCGAUACGUGCUGUGACACCAUCACGGAAUACGCGUGCAAGAUCAUAAUGGAGUAUUCUGGUAAUCUUCAGACGCAGAUCGGGUGGAAAAGCGUCCUCCAGCUCCUUUCUCUUUGCGGAAGACACCCCGAAACGUACGAACAAAGCGUCGAUGCUCUCAUCUCGUUGAUGUCGACCAACGCGUCGCAUCUUUCUCGGUCGAGUUACGCUUAUUGCAUCGAUUGCGCGUUCAGUUUCGUCACCCUCCGGAACAGCCCACUUGAGAAGAAUCUCAAGAUCUUAGAUCUCAUGACGGAUUCAGUCUCUUUGCUGAUCCAAUGGUACAAAACUGCAUCAGCCGAGCCCGGAAACAGCUACAGUGUCGCGAGCAGCGGUAGCAAUUCGUCGAUGGAAGAGAAUCUUCGAGGCGGCGGAAACUUCGCCCAUUUCCUCUUCCUCAAACUGUGCGAAGCGUUCAGGAAAACGAGCCUGGCGAGACGGGAGGAGAUACGGAACAGAGCGGUGGCAUCUCUCCAGAAGAGCUUCGUGACGGGGGAGGAGCUCGAGUUCACGCCGACCGGAUGCCUCACGUGCAUAAACCACGUGAUAUUCCCGACGAUAGAUGACUUGCACGAGAAGUUACUCGAUUACUCGAGGCGGGACAACGCGGAGAGAGAGAUGAGAGCCAUGGAAGGGACGCUGAAGAUGGCGAUGCAGAUGGUGACGAACGUGUACAUGCAUUACCUGAAACUGAUCGUCGAAAGCCCCGAUUUCAGAACGUUCUGGUUAGGCGUAUUGAGAAGGAUGGACACGUGUAUGAAGGCGGAUCUGGGAGAUUAUGGCGAGAACAAGCUGCAUGAGGUCGUUCCUGAGCUUCUGAAGAGCAUGAUCAGUACGAUGAAGGAGAGAGAGAUCUUGGUUAGGAAACAAGACGACGAUCUAUGGGAGAUUACGUAUAUCCAGAUUCAGUGGAUUGCCCCUUCGCUCAAGGAAGAGUUGUUUCCUGACGAAGAACUGUGAUUUUUUUUUUUAAAAAAGUUUAUACGAUUAUUACAGAUUUGCCCCUUUGUUUUACGAACACGGUUACCGUCCUGGUCGAAAGACCAUUAUACCCUUGAAGACCUUCUCUUUAUAGCGGAGG